AUGGAAGGACUAGUGGAGUCUAUUAAGAAUAUUUCAAUUAAAAAGAAGCAGCUGAGCAUUAUAUUUAUAGGGCACGUGGAUGCAGGAAAAUCCACGACAGGAGGACAAAUAUUAUACCUAGCAGGAAAGAUCGAUAAGAGAACGCUCGAGAAGUAUGAAAAAGAAUCAAAAGAGAAAAAUCGAGAGAGUUGGUAUCUUUCAUGGGCACUGGACAGUAACCCAGAAGAAAGAGACAAGGGGAAAACAACUGAGCUGGGCCAGGCAUACUUUGAAACAGAGAAGUCUAUUGUGCAGAUACUUGAUGCGCCAGGACACAAAAUGUAUGUGCCCAAUAUGAUAUUGGGGGUCAACCAGGCUGACAUUGCUGUGCUUGUCAUAUCUGCAAGACAGAAUGAGUUUGAGGCUGGGUUUGAGAAAGGAGGGCAGACAAGAGAGCACAUCUACUUGGCGAAGGCCUCAGGUCUGUCCAAAAUAUGCGUAUUAGUUAACAAAAUGGACGACCCAACAGUGUGCUGGUCAGAAGAAAGAUACAACCACAUUCUAAAAUCAACAAAGAAGCUUCUUCACACACUUUUUGGGAAGAACGAGGUGGUUUACAUGCCAAUCAGCGGCUUCUUAGGGCUUAAUAUAAAGGAAAAUAAUCUGAAAGAUGUUGCCCCGUGGUACGCAGGCCCAUCUUUCUUUGAGUAUAUUGACUCAGUAGAUAUUCCCAGAAAAAACACCGAUCUAUUGUAUGCUCCUGUUUCAGAUACUUCAAAAGAAAUGGGCGGAUACUUUAUAACUGUAAGAGUGGAGAGAGGAGUACUUGAGAAAACACAGCUUAAAUUGCACCCAGGCGCCAAAAAGAUUAAUAUAAUAUCAAUAGCAAUAGACGAGGAGGAAGUGGAGAGAGUUCACUCCGGAGAAACAGCCCGACUAAAAAUAAAGGAGAGCGACGAAGUCUUCCCAGGAGAUGUAAUAACAGCAACCGAGUACACCGAAACAAAAGACUCAAAUUACUUCAUGGCUGCAAUAAGCAUCUUAGAUGCAAAGUCUCUAAUAACAAAGGGAUACAUGGCAGUGAUGCACAUGGGGGCAAGAGAGGUGCCUGUCACAAUUGGAGAGCUGUACAAAAAGGAGGAAGAGAAGAUUCUCAAAGUGAAGUUUGCAAAAACCGGAGACAAGCUAAUGGCAGAGGUGAUUGUUAACUCGCCCAUUCCACUUGAAGUUUAUUCUCCAGAAAAAAGAACAGGAAUAUUCACUCUUAGAGAUGAAACAAGAACUGUUGGGUUUGGAAGAGUGCUGAAAAUUAAAGAAAAAAAGUAA